UCAAGGAACGUGAGGAGCGCGUGGGAAAGAGACAGCGAGAGCAAGAUGUCCGGGCGAGGAAAGGGAGGGAAGGGGUUGGGGAAGGGCGGGGCGAAGCGCCACCGCAAGGUCCUCCGCGACAACAUCCAGGGCAUCACCAAGCCGGCCAUCCGCCGCCUCGCGCGCCGCGGCGGCGUCAAGCGCAUCUCCGGGCUCAUCUACGAGGAGACCCGCGGCGUGCUCAAGAUCUUCCUCGAGAACGUUAUCCGCGACGCCGUCACCUACACCGAGCACGCCCGCCGCAAGACCGUCACCGCCAUGGACGUCGUCUACGCCCUCAAACGCCAGGGCCGCACCCUCUACGGCUUCGGCGGUUGAGCUCCCCUCCCGUGCUCGUCCCAUCGGCCUCCGUAGGGAUUUCUUUUGGUUUCUCCUUAGUGACUGGAUCAAAGUAUGUCAUCAUGUAUAAAGAGAGCAGUACAUUGGAGUUCCAAAGACGCGCUUUAUUAGCGGCAUUACAGAUUUCUGUGGAUUUA